AUGACCACAACCUCGAAACGUCGCAACGCCUUUUCGCCAACCUCCCAUGAAGACUCUUGGAUAAUGAACGAAAGCGCCUGGGACACCGCCUCAAUCAUCACCACCAGUUCCGCAGACGAGUGCCACACACCCACCCCGUCCACCAUGUCAGAACCCAUCAACAUCAAAGACGACGGCUCGUCCAUCCUCACCAUCCAAUCCGUAGAGCACCACCCGAAAGCCGGCAAGCAAUUCAUGAUUCGCGAGAAGCAAAAGCCGCACCGCAUCAUCACGCUAUCCUUCGGCGAUCUGGUCCUCAUGGACGAGCAGUCUGCCGCACAAGGAUGGCUCUGGCAGUGUGUCAAGAAAUCCGGCUGGUACGGUUUCCGAAACGUCGUUUCCGGCUCGUACCUCGGGUAUCACGGACAGAACAAGAAGAUCCAGGCUACCAUGCCGCAUCACAAAUCUCAUGAGUACUUCAUGACGGAGAGGCAUGAAGACGGCGGCUAUGUCCUCCUGACGAUGCAUGGCGAGGAGCUGUGGCAGGUGACAACCUCCAAGGACGGAAAGUCGUUGGUCGAGAAGAAGGCAGAGGAAGGGACAGGAACAGCUUGGGAUUUUUUUGAAAUUAGCUAG